AUGCCGCUCCUCCCGACGCUCCUCCACGCCACGGCGUUCAAGACGCCGCUGCUGCGCACGCUCGUGCCGACGCUGGCGCUGGCGUACGGCAUCCAGGCGGCCGUCGCGGCGCCGUCCAUCGCCGCGCGCAGCGAGCGCUUCUACGACGCCAGCGGCAGCCUGACCUACCUCGCCUGCACGGGGGCCAGCCUGGUGCUGCCGGUGCUGCGCGCGCGGUAUGCGGCGGGGACGCUGGGAACCGGUGGCCUUCUGAUGGAAGUGCUUCGCGCGCAGAAUUGGCGGCAGGUGGCGCUGAGUGCGGCGGUGGGGUUGUGGGCGUUGAGAUUGGGAUCCUUCCUCCUCCAGCGCAUCACGGCCGAGAGCGGGCGCGACUCGCGCUUCGACCAGAUCCGCGUCUCGCCGCCCAAGUUCUUCGGCGCCUUCAUGGCGCAGGCGACCUGGGUCUCGCUGUGCGCCCUGCCCGUCGUGCUGCUCAACUCGCUACCCUCCAGCACCUUCGCCGCGCUGGGUCCUCUGGUCUUGACUGAUGUCCUCGGUCUCGCGCUGUACGUCUUCGGCAUCGUCUUCGAGGCCACGGCGGACCGCCAGAAGAGCGCGUGGAUGGAGGCGAAGAAGCGGAAGGAGCACGAUGAGGAUUUCAUCACGAAGGGUCUUUGGGGAAAGAGCAGGCAUCCGAAUUACUUUGGUGAGAUUACCCUGUGGACUGGCAUCGCCACUGCGGCGGGCGGCGUUGUUGCGAGUAAGGCGGGUUUGAGCGGGUUGGGUUUGAGUGCUGGGUUGGCGGGUAAGUUGGGUGCUAUCAGCAUGUGUGCCGUCAGCCCGGCGUUUGUGGCUUUCUUGUUGCUGAAGGUCUCGGGCAUCCCGCUCAGCGAGAACAAGUAUGACAAGAGGUACGGUGACCGGAAGGAUUACCAGGAGUGGAAGAAGAACACACCCAUGCUUUUCCCGAAGUUCUUCAAGUGA